CCGCUGCUUCCGCGCACCGGGCCUGGCCCCUUCUUACUGACCGAGUGUGGAAUUGUUACCGCAGAAACUGGUGUUAAAGUACUCCAUUGUUUUUUCCUUUCAGUAACCGGAAUGAGUCCUUUGUCACCGUAUUUAAACUUGGACCCCAGGUAUCUAGUACAGGAUACAGAUGAGUUUAUCUUGCCCACAGGAGCCAACAAAACUCGAGGCAGAUUUGAGCUGGCCUUUUUUACCAUUGGAGGAUGUUGUAUGACAGGGGCAGCAUUUGGUGCACUGAAUGGUUUGCGACUUGGCUUGAAGGAGACGCAGAAUAUGGCGUGGUCAAAACCUAGAAAUGUACAAAUUCUAAAUAUGGUGACAAGGCAAGGAGCGUUAUGGGCUAACACUCUGGGAUCUCUGGCUCUACUUUACAGUGCAUUCGGAGUCAUCAUUGAAAAAACACGAGGUGCAGAAGAUGACCUGAACACUAUAGCUGCUGGAACCUUGACAGGAAUGCUAUACAAAAGCACUGGUGGAGUGCGUGGGAUAGCACGAGGUGGUAUUGCAGGUCUGACACUUACCGGCCUCUACGCUCUUUAUAACAACUGGGAGCACAUGAAGGGCUCCAUAGCCCGGCAGUCCCUCUGAGCAGGGCAGCCAGCGCUGGACGGAGGACACGCUUGCAUAGUCACCAAUCAAAUCAGUUGCGAGAUCUGUCUGGUGCCCCUUCCUAUUUUAUUUACAAUUAGUGUGAAACUGGAGGAAGCUAUGCUGGGAGGAACCUCUUGACACCAUGUAGCUGGACUGGCCCUUUUCUUCCCGCCAGCCAGUCGCUGGAGAGGCAGCAAUAUUUGUUGGACCUGCAAGUAAGCAGAGUGGCCACCGAGAUAGAGUCUCCCUGACACGCUCACCAGCUAGCCCUGGGCCAGAGCUACGAGGCAUGCUCGAGUCCCAUAGCUGUACCUGCUGCGCUACCAGGUUUGUUCGGUUGCGUGUGCUACCACGAUAGCGCUGCAUAAUAAAGUCUGUGUCCAUAGAGCUAUUCACUGCAGUUUUUCAACGUGCAUCGCCCGGGCAGCCGGCGCCCCAGCAGCUGGAGCCAGCGGAAGCCUUAAGUAGCAGCUGGCACAGGGCAAGGCUUGUUAUUCUGACAGCACAGGGUAAGCUGUAAAAAGGGAUGUCAUCAUUAAUAAAAAGGGUGGUACUUACGCAAUACUGUUUCUAUGCUUUGCUGUUCCGACUACUGAUAAGACAAAAAUGUGCUGCAUCCAGUGACUUUUAUUUACAGUUUUGUUUUGGAGGACCAAUGUGAUAAAAUCCUGGGGGAGUUAGUGGGUGACGGGGGAAGUGAACUAACAGGCUGAUGGUCUCCUGAUGCGAGGUGAUGGUGAGGCAUACCAGGGCUUGACUCCACUCCCUUAUUUGCACUAAUAAAUAAGGAACUGGUUGUUUCUGGGCAAGGUACAGUUGCUGUUGCAGCUGCCAGUGGAUUAUCAAAGCUCUUGGGUGCUCCAGGAUCUCGGAACUCGUUUAGCUAACAGUUAGAAACCAAGCAGUAGAAAUACUCCUCUUACCGCCCAUUACAGGAUUUUUAAUUAGUGACAAGCUUUUUCCUCCAAGUAAUAUUUGUAGGUUUUUGGCAGAAUGAAGACAUGUGAUGAACCUACACCUUUUCCAGUGUUAAAAUUAAACCAUGUACCAAGCAUCAUUUGCAGAUAAAUUAAACAGUAAGUUGUGAAUUAGUUCAGUAAUUGGAAUUGCUGUGUAACAGCAACUUUUAAAUAAUUAAACAGGUCUUGAGACAGCAUGAAGGUAGGUCAAGGGAAAAACAAGAAACUUACCGCUCAAUAGACAACUUAAUGCAAAACAAGAGUUUACUUUGAGUUUUCCCUACUAAAACAGUUCUUGGUAACUACAUGGCACCCAACAACAUAGAAACAACAAAAAAAGCAGCAGAGGGAAGGUGGUACCUCUUACCUUCCUCUGAGAAAAAAUGCCACUUUGCCAAGAAGCCUCUUUAGGAGGAGAUGACUGCUGGGACUAGCUUUUUAUAGAGCAAGUGCUCUAGCUAACGAGCCUUCAUAGUUGAACUCGAUUAGCUUUGCUUGGAUACCAGGUCAAAGUAGAUGCUUUGUGCCGGCACUUAGCUAGAUGUAGCAUAAAGGAAGGAAAAGAGGUCUUUUCUCACCUGCUUUGUAAAUACUGUUUCUCGUUAAGCCGUAUGUUCCACUGUCUUUUAGUGGGCUGUGUGUUACUGUUGUGGUGUUAGAGCUGGACCUUCUAGCAUGCAUUUUUCGAGGGCUGUAUUGCCAAAGAAGCUGUCCCCUACUCGCAGCCUGCUGAAAAGUGACAUAGGCACCAGCUGCGCAGCGCUGUCACAUGGAACAUCGGGAAAACGCAUGCACUUUCUUCCCAAGCUUUUUCUCUCCCCAUUGGCAUCCAUGAGUUCUCCCCACCCAUGUUUCUCGGUCACCGUUAACAGGAUUCGCACUCCUGCAUGCUUAAGAAUGCUGGAUGAAGGAUUGAGAGCUGCUUUGGGGGGCUGAUGGUGGGCAAGGGUUGCUUUUUAAGUGUCAGGAACUUUGCAAGGUAUCUUUUAGGCUUUAUAGAGACUUUUUCCAGACUGAAAUAUGACCCAGGAGCUCUCUGCCCCUAACUGAAGUGGAAAGCUGUGAAGCUUAAUAACUCUCUUUCUUCCUUUAGGUGCACUAGAGAUAAUGUAGGAACAAGCUUUUUUAAGUUCAAAGUUGCCACAAACUUCAGGCUAGGCUGACGCUUGAGACACCAUGUUAUCUGGUCUGCAAAACCCUCAAAUUUCCGGGAAUUGUUUGCCUUGGGGCAGAACUGAGUGCAUUUUUCUGAAAUAGCUGUGUUUCCAAGGCUAUUAAAAGCUUUAGUUCGUAUCCUAGUUGUAUGUGGAGCGAUCCAUAGCUUGCGCUAUGAAAUACAACCAGCACAGAGGCGGCAGUGAGGGAGGUGAAUUUUAAGUAUGGAACACAGAGAACAUCUUUAUGAUGUUCCAUGUCAAGACUUCCCAUGUUCACAAUUUAAUGGUGAACAACCAGUAUAAAGUUGCCACUUAAAGCUGUGACCAGAAGUAUAUCUGGGUUCAGUAGGAAUAAAAGAAAGUAAAAUCAAGUUGGAAACAGGAUCUGGGAAGCAAGUUAGAAUCCUCCCAUGCAGUAUUAUGUGAAUGUGAGCAUGGGAGACUGGCCAUCUGGAAGAGCUGUGUUUUAUCCUCUUGUCGUGCCAGUCAUGGCAUCUAGUUUUGCUGAUAGAGCUGAGACAGCUUUCUGUAGUGUGGUAGCAAGUGAGGGAGUCUGAGACAACAGGUAUAAUGAAAGAAGGCUUUUUGAAUCUUGUAAAGCUGCUUUUGUAUAGUCUUUGGAACAGAGAAAGGCAAACCCCUUUCACCAUUCCCUGUCAGCAGGUGACUUCUCUUACAGUUGGGGGCAUUUGUUGAACAAUCACUAGUCAUGUGGUAGGAAAUCUCCAGCUUCCUCCAUGAAGCAGAAGCUAGUGCUGAAAACAGGAGGGAAACAUAUGCUAGGGCAGAAAAAUGAUGCAGUGUUCGUAGCUUGUGUUUCCUCUGACCUAAUCUGGGACUGAGAAGGGAGGGGGAAAAGCCUCUUUUAUGAUUUAACAGGGGGUUACCCCUGUGCUUAAUAAAUUCUAGAUAGGACAUUGGUAUGUUUUAAGUGGAGCUUUGUGUACUCUAUGAGCAUUGACCUGUGCUGUUGAAUGCCAGGCACUGCAGGGACACCAAAGGGUACUACAGCCUUUUUUGGUACUUUCACAGCAUCAUUAAUACCAGUCUUGUGUUCCCCUCGGGUGUCUCCUCCCCCUCCAUGUGAGUGCCACUGCCAGACUUGCACCACAGCCACUUUCCAGUCCAAGGAGUCGAGCAGGCUGGUGCCCCAGGAACCCUGCGAGCAGCCCUGCUCCAGGUAGCUGCCUGCGAGGGAAGGACACCUCUGCUGCCACUCACACCCUCCCAUGCCUUUGUUACAAGGCUCUGCAUAGGGCUGACUCACACCUUUGUAAAGGACUUCCCCAGGCUCUGUGGGUGUGUAACAAACAGAGAUGGUGGUUUGCUUUCUUGGCUCACCUAGCCUGUACCGCAGCCUGCGCUGCUGCUGUGAAUCACUGCCCAUCAGGCACUGCCUUCCCCCCUCUCCUCGGCCAGCCAAAGUCUGGCGCACCUUCCCUUGCUGCCCGCAGCAGC